AUGCCCUCCUCAGAUGCCGAAGAUGACCACUCACGUUCCGCCUCGCCCGAUGACAGCAGUGGUGAACAAGAGGGCGGAGACAUGGCGGAACACCCAGAGAAUCGAGAAGGCGGUACACACCAGAACGGCCAUAAGCCUGCUUCCAACGCAAAAGAUCCACUGCGUCCAAGAAGAAAGAAGGCGCGGAGAGCGUGCUUCGCCUGUCAGAGGGCGCAUUUGACGUGUGGUGAUGAACGGCCAUGUCAAAGAUGCAUCAAACGUGGACUCCAGGAUGCGUGCCAUGAUGGGGUUCGAAAGAAGGCCAAGUAUCUUCAUGACGCACCGAAUGAGGCAUUGAUGCCGGGAGUUGGUGGUCAGAACCUCUUCAACCAUGCUGCUGCUGCUGCCACGCUCCGAAACAAUAUGGCGAUUCAAACCGCGGAAGCAGUGCAACAAGAGCCUAGCCCAUUCUAUCAGAAUUCUCCACCUUUCAGCAAUUUUGCCCAGCCCAGGUCGAUGCCUCCGCCGUUGAUGCAGGAGGGUAACAUCACCGUGCCGCAGAACUUCACGCAGCAGUCUCCGGUCUCUCCUCCCUUCAGCAUGGCAGGUCCACCAAGCAUUCACACUCCGAGCAUGCCACAAUCCCAGCCGGAUCCUGCCGCUGGCGUUGCGCAAAACUGGAAUGGAGCCCUUUUCGAUCCGAACGAUGCGUCACUCUUCAACUUUGACCUGGCCAGCAUGAACUUUGGUAACCACUAUGGAGCUCUCGAAUUCGGUAUGUUAGGGCACAUGGCUACCGGAGCCGGCGGAACGCCUCCUAGUGACUCUGCCACUCAGCGGGGCUCUGUUGGCCAUCCCAACGGCUCGAAUCCCUACCCGCUUCCCCUGGGAAGCUUUAGCGAGAGCCCAACCCAGCAGUUUCCCUACAAUGAUGCUGUUAUGGCGGAUUGGCCUGGAGGGCAGAAUCCGUAUGGGCAACCAUUCGGUCAACCGGCAGAGCCUCCGCAUGCAUUCGCUAUUGAAAUGAACACCGCCAAUUUCACCUCGCCUGAUUCGACAUCAAGUCCGCAACAAGGUCUUAGCAAAUUCGAAGACUCGCCUUCCAUGAACUACAAAAGCGCCCACAUGCCUCCCACUCCCACGAGCAGUAUUCCCUACACGCCGAACAGCCAGAACAGCCAACAUGCUCCGAGUCAUCUACGACAACCGCCGCAUCUUACCACGCCUCAGCUCAAAGCCAGAUCUCAACUGCCCACCAAACAUGCCAAACGUCCUCGUGACCCGUCCAGCAUCUACACCACCGUUACAGCGCCUUACCCAUACACAUCAGGCUUUCACUCGCUGAUCGCUUAUCUGCAACGUCGCUUCGCUGCAUCGCCAUCCAAAACCCUGACCAUCGCCAAGUCUCUGGCGUCCAUCCGUCCGAGCUUCAUUGCCACCACCAAAACCCUGAAUCGCGAUGACCUGAUCUUCAUGGAGAAGUGCUUCCAGCGCACUCUCUGGGAGUACGAGGGAUUCAUUGAGGGUGUAGGUACGCCAACUAUUGUGGCGAGGAGGACCGGUGAAGUCGCCGCGGUCGGCAAAGAAUUCUCGAUCCUUACUGGUUGGAAGAAAGAUGUAUUGCUUGGGCGAGAAGCCAACCUCAAUGUCAAUCGAGGUGGGACCGCAAGUGGGUCAGGCACGGGAAGUGGUGUCAACACUGCGGCUAGCAGGACGACCGGGAGGAAUACACCUAACCAACGCAAUGUAGCUGGCCCUCCUCCUCCGGCUCCUGAGGAGGGCAACGGAGAUGGGAAGAGGUCUCAGCCUGUCUUCUUGGCGGAGUUGCUGGAUGAUGAAAGUGUGGUUGAAUUCUAUGAGGGGUUUGCGCGACUUGCGUUUGGUGAUAGCAGGGGGAGUGUUAUGUCCAAAGGGAAACUAUUGAAGUAUCGGACCAAAGAAGACGUUGUGGCUCAGAGUCUAAAAGAGGAGGGUGUGGGCAGCGAUAUGAAGAUGGAGGAUGUGCAAUACCAGCAGCGGUUACAGCCACAGCAACAGCAACAACAACAGCAACAACAACAACAAUCUCCGCCAGCAAAUCUGAAGAGGAUCAACAGCGGAAUGGCGCGACAGCAAAGGGAGCUGAAGAGAGGAGGUAUCGCCAAUGAGAGGGAGAUGGGACAAAGGCUGGGUGAGAGGGAUGGAAAGGUGGAAUGCACGAUCUGCUGGACGGUUAAAAGGGAUGUCUUUGAUAUUCCCAUGCUGAUCGUCAUGAAUCUCGGCAUCCCGACCGCGAACAUCCCUCCGGGCCCGCUGGACCAAUACCCGGACCUCACCACCGGCAUGUAUGACGGCCUCGUCGGACUGCUCCUGCCCACUCCCCCACCAGAAGACACCUCGAGCACCAGCAGCCCCUCAGCAUCCCCAUCUCCCUCCCCCGCCACAUCGUCGCCGUCUACCCACCCGGCCGUCCUCAGCAUAGGCUACAACCCCUUCUACGCCAACAAGACGCGCAGCGUCGAAAUCCACGUCCUCCCGAAGCAGCCCGCAUCCUUACCCGCCGAUUUCUACGGCGCGCCGCUCAACCUGCUGAUCCUCGGCUUCAUCCGGCCGGAAUACGACUACGUCAGUAAAGAGUCGCUGAUUGAGGAUAUCCACGUAGAUUGUGAGGUCGCGACGAGGAGCCUGGAGCGGGAGGCGUAUCGCAGAUUUGAAGAGGGGGAGUGGGCGCACUGGUUGACGGCUUUUGGGUGGGUGGAGAAGGGAGGGGGGAAAGAAGGAGAUGAGGAGGGCGAGACGUGGGCGGAGAGGGUGAAGGAGGCGGAGAGGGUGAAGGAGGCGGAGAGGGAAGUCGGUGUGAAAUAA